ACACACUUUUCUCCUCUCUCACUUUUCAAUUCCUCUCUUUCUCUGUCAUCAUCAUUUCCAUAUUCAAAUUCAAAAAACAAAAAUAACAAUAAAUUAAAAGAUGAAGAAAAGAAACGUUACCUGACCUACCUUCUUCAUUGGGUCCUCUUCAAUGAUAUGCUCUUCUGGUUAGCUUUCAUUUUCAUCAUCACCUUCGUUUUUUUUUUUCGAUCCAUUUUUCAAUUCAUUAUGGGUUGCCUUUUCACUUGCUUUCGUGUUCGUGAUAACAAACGCCACCUCCCUCAAACCGCCGCUGCCUCCGCCGUGCCGUCUCGGCACCACAAAGUCAAUCAGGAUGAUGCAACGUCUCGAAAUCGUUUGUCUACUUUGUUUCUGACUGAAGAGGGAGAAGAAGACAAUGUGCAUCGUAAUGGAAGGAAUUUUGAGGAGGGAUCACAGAAUGAUGACAGGCAGCUUAAAGAUGAGGCAAAGUUUCUUAAAGCUUGUGGUACCAUAGCAAGUACCCCUGCUGAAAUUCGGAAAGCAUCGGAGAAACUAAAAGUGUCACCUUCAUGUAGUAAUGAUUCUGGUCCUCCAAAGUUUCGUUCUUGGCUUCUUGAUACAUCUGCUGAGAAUGUUCCAACUAAUGUCCAACCAUUCAAUCCGCCAACUCCCAAAAAACAGUGUGAAGAAUGGGAAAAAAGAACAGAUUGUUCAGACCACACGCCUAGCAGCUGUAUCUCCAAUGCACACAAUACUCAAUGGGAAUAUCAUGACUCUUCGGAAGGAAGUGGGCAAGGGAGCUAUCAUCCUAUCGAUGGGACUGAAAAUAAGGGGAGGAACAAGUCUGUACGUUUUGAAUGUGAUAAUGAUAUUUCAUCCUGUGAGUCAUCGGCUUAUGGUGGAUGGCAUACGAAGAAAACAGAGUCACCAAAUCCUACCCCAAUGAAGAUAUCUAACGAGAUGCAAACUCCUGGUACUGUUUACCCUGCUAAGUCUCAGUUUGUGUAUCCAAAUAUCAGCCUAGGUGAGGAUGUCUCUAAGAGCAAGAUACUUGAGGAAGAGGAUUAUGUUCCUGCACAAAAUUCAAGGAAGAUGAACAAAUCAAUUGAGCAGUCUCAAAACACAUCUACACCAGAUAAAAGUGAAUCUACCGUGGAAGAAGGCUUGUCUUCUUGGUUGAAGCCUGCAUCUGUUAUUUUGGAGGAGAGAAGAAAGAAAAUGGAGAUGGCUUAUAAUCAGACCCGCAAAACUCCCGAUGAUAGGCCCAUCAUUGGGAUGGUUGCUGCACACUGGAUUGAAGAUGAAAAUUCUGAUGCUCCUCCUCCUAAGUGGUGGGAUGGCAAUGGCAUACCAAAUUCAACCAACAAAUACAAAGAAGACCAGAAAGUGAGCUGGCAUGCUACGCCGUUCGAAGAGAGGUUGGAGAAGGCAUUAUCUGAGGAUACUAUCAUCGCUCAAAGGAAAGAUAUUUGCGGAAAACCAAUUGCUUUUGAUGAGAAUGAAGAAAGUGAUACUGCAUUGUCUCAUUUGAAAUCUUCAUCCCAUCCACAGUCUGUGGCGUCGUGUUGAUAUCUAUAGUUGUUGUCCAUCUCAUUACUCUAUGAGGUAUAAGAGAGAUAUACUUUUCGCCAUUAAGUCCCAAUGCAGUGCUGAUUGUUUGGAACAAGCAGUACAUUAUUGAAAUUUUGUGAUACUAUAGAUUUAAAUUGCCCACUUGUAUUGUACAUAUUUGAUGAGGAUUGUUGGGUUAAAUAUCAGUCAUUCGGAGAUCGGUUUUUAUUUUUAGUUGAAAAAUUUGAAGUUGUUCAAUGUUGAGAAUUUUCUUUGACUUAAUUUUGGUUAGGAGUAUUUUUUUUUGAAAA